UACCUGUCGGACGCCAUUUCCUCUAUUUCCUCCGCUCGAAGUGCAACAGUACACAGCGGUCGAAGGAACAGCGUCCCCUGCAUAUGGUUCCGGUGUCGUGCCAAAAAAGGUAUAUUUUGAUUGUCUCGACGCUGACCCCCUGCCCCAGCGGCAGUAAUGUGAAACCAGCCACUGGCAGGCGCACGGAGCCGAGCCAAGGCGAGCCAAGUCGAGCCGAGUUGAUGCAGUCUGCACAACUCUCACUACCCGGUCCGCAGGCUGGACUGCGCUGCUGCUGCUGCUGCCGCUGCACACGCCACCACUAUAGGUGUGAUAUCGCAGCCAUGGUGAACUGUCAGACUCCCACAAGUUUACGGAGAGGAGAGUGGGGCUUCGCUCCUCUGCUGGCUGCCGCGCUGCUCACUCUGCUGUUCGCCGGGAUGCAACAAACCACAGCGUUUCCCUCCUGGAGGUUAGAGGAAGAAGCUUACACCACUGUGUUGCUCAUCGGGAUCCGCAAAGAGGCCCGGUCACAAGUGCUUCACCUGUCCAGGAACAAGCGUUACACCCUGACCCCGGAGCAGCUGAAAUGGGAUAAGCUUAAACUAACAUACAAGUUGCUCUCCUUCCCAACGAACCUGAUAAAUGCCAGCGACACGCGCCGAGGCAUCGCCAAGGCUUUUGGCAUGUGGAGCGACGUCUCGCCGUUCAGCUUCAGAGAAGUGCCAGCUGACCAAGAAGCAGACAUUAAGAUUGGAUUCUACCCCGUCAACCACACAGACUGUCUGCAGUCCUAUUUGCACCAUUGUUUCGACGGCAUCACCGGAGAACUGGCUCAUGCAUUCUUCCCGCCAACAGGCGAGAUCCACUUUGACGACCAUGAAUACUGGAUUCUUGGAAACAUGCGCUUCAGUUGGAAGAAAGGGGUUUGGCUCACGGAUCUCGUCCACGUGGCGACUCACGAAAUUGGCCACGUCCUGGGACUCAUGCACUCCUUGAACUCGAAAGCUAUAAUGCACCUCAAUUCAACUUUGACGGGGCGCAAGCUAAUCACACAGGACGACGUGUGGGGUAUACAGCGUCUUUAUGGAUGUUUGGACCGGUUAUUUAUCUGUCCAGCUUGGGCUCGGAAAGGCUAUUGCGACAACAAGCGCAGGCUGAUGCAGAAGCACUGCCCCUCCAGCUGUGAUUUCUGUUACGAAUUCCCUUUUCCCACUGUGGCUCCCACACCCGCUCCUCCACGUACCAAACACAAGCUGGUCAUCGAAGGAAAGACGCUCACUUUUCGCUGUGGGAAGAAAAUAGCGUCAAAGAAAGGCAAAGUAUACUGGUACAAAGACGGGGAGCUGCUGGAAUUCUCUCACCCGAACUACAUCUCACUCAAAGACGACCACAUUACCAUAGUGGCCAACGCCAUCAAUGAAGGCACGUACACCUGUAUUGUGAAGAAAAAGGAUAAAGUGCUCACGACCUACUCUUGGAGGGUACGUGUGCGCUUCUGAAGGCCACGCCACUCCUCUGCACACUGAACAGGACGUAUUCUCACACACGUGGUCACCAGGAGACCUCAUUCACUAGGGCACAUAUUUCUGUAUUGUUUUUAAUGUCUCUCCUGUAUCUUACAUGCACACGUCUGUCAUGGGUGUCAUUGAGUAACUGCAUUUUCAUGUGUGCAAAUAAUAAAUGUUCCGUGACAAGAAGUACUUUUGUGAAAAUACUACCUGACAGGCAAGUGGCAGUAAUCACAGUAAUUGCAGUUUGUACUUCAUUUGGUGAUGAAAAAUCCAUGCAUCCCUCGUCAGCUAUUUUGGAAUUAUGUCCACUCUGCAAUCAUCAGGCCUGGACAUCUUCAAAGCUUCUGCUGCUGAGGCAGUAAUGGGGGCCCAAAACCACCCGGGACAUAUUUUGGGUGUCCCUGCAAAAAAAAAGUGAUGACGAUUCAGCAGUUGGGCAGUGCUAUAUUUGAACUAAAAGUGUAUUAGCACAGUUGGAGAGCUUUCAGUUCAAUUCUUCAAAUAGGUCCCAUGGAAAGAAAUGUCACGCGAAAUUACCCAUGUCCCUAAUGUGUUUCUGUUGAGGUCAGAAAAAGUUACAGAAGCCCUUGCUUAGAUGCAUACCGUUUGAAAAAUUUACGCACUGACCAAACUAAGCUAAUAAAGCCAGAAUAAGCAAUGUUGUCUACAGCCUUUGAAACAAUUUGGAACUUAAACCACAUAUGGAACACCUCAGACGUCUAGCGUACUUUACUAGCCUCACAGUGAAGCCAGCAGUUUGUCUCCAGAGACUGAGCAGUCAGCUCCACCAGCAGCUCUCCUUCCAAGCUUAUUCAACACAUCAGGUGUAAUAAUCUGCAGAAGGGCUCCGGUGGGGUCAGGGGAAAAAUAAAACUGAUUAGUGAACAUUUCUAUUCAACAGUGGCCCUAGAAGUCCCGAGAGGGGGGUACUUUCAUGCACGUAUUCCACUAAAAGCAGCCAGCAGGUCUUGCAGGCGA